AGUCACACAAAGAGACACAAAACUAACAAAAAAUAUCUAAAACAACCAGAAAAAUAUACAAAACUAACAAAAAUACACAAAACUAUCAGAAAAAUACACAAACAACAGAAAAAUACACAAAAAUAGCAGAAAAACACACAGAACUACCACAAAAAAGACAAAACAACCAGAAAAAUACAUAAAACUACAGGAAAAAUAAACAAGACUAAGAAAAAAUACACAAAACUAUCAGAAAAAUACACAAAACAACAGAAAAAUACACAAAACAACAGAAAAAUACACAAAACAACAGAAAAAUGCACAGAGGUAUCAGAAAAAUACACAAAGAUAUCAGAAAAACACACAGAACUACCACAAAAAAGACAAAACAACCAGAAAAAUACAUAAAACUACAGGAAAAAUAAACAAAACUAACAAAAAAUACACAAAACAACCAGAAAGAUACACAAAACAACAGAAAAAUACACAAAACAACUAGAAAAAUACAGAAAAAUACACAAAACAACCAGAAAAAUACACAAAACCAGAAAAACUACACAAAACUACCAGAAAACUAAACAAAACUACCAGAAAAAUACACAAAACAACUAGAAAAAUACACAAAUAUACCACAAAAAAAUGCAAAACAACCAGAAAACCACACAGAACUAUCAGAAAAAUACACAAAACAACCAGGAAAACACACAGAACUACCACAAAAAGACAUAAAACAACAAAAAAAGUACACAUAACUACCAGAAAAAUACACAAAACUACCAGAAAAAUACACGAAACAACUAGAAAAAUGCAUAAAACUACCACAAAAAGACAAAACAACCAGAAAAACACACAAUACAACCAGAAAAACACACAAUACAACCAGAAAACUACACAAAACUACCAGAGAAAUACACAAAACAACUAGAAAAAUACACAAAUAUACCACAAAAAAUGCAAAACAACCAGAAAAGUGCACAAAACUACCACAAAAUGAUGCAAAACAACCAGAAAAACACACAGAACUAUCAGAAAAAUACACAAAACAACCAGGAAAACACACAGAACUACCAGAAAAAUACACAGAACAACCAGAAAAAUACACAAAUAUACCACGAAAAGAUGCAAAACAACCAGAAAAGUACACAAAACUACCACAAAAAGACAAAACAACCAGAAAAACACACAAUACAACCAGAAAAACACACAAUGCAACCAGAAAAACACACAAUACAACCAGAAAAAUACACAAAACUAUCAGAAAAAUACACAAAACUAAAAUGAAAAGUCAUAACACAAUCAUAAAAGCACAAAAGUACCACAAUAGGAUGCAAAACAACCAGAAAAAUACACAGUAAUACCACAAAAAGACAGAAAACAACCAGAAAAACAACAAAAAUGACCACAGAACGACACAACACAACCACAAAAUACACAAACCGAGUUCAAAAAUACACAAAACUACCACAAAGACACACAAAACAACCCCAUCAAACACAAAAUAAUCACAAGUAGACAACAACAAACAGAACCCAGAAAAAUCCGUAAAAUACCUCAGAAGUACACACUGACAGACACACACUGGUGUUAGUGGAGGUUGUGUAGAUCGUGGGUCUGUUGUGUAGAUUGUGUGUCUGUUGUGUUGCUGCAGGAAGUUUUCUGAUGUAUUUUUGUGGAACAUAAAUCCAGAUUAUAGAGCUGAGCUGCUGCACGUGGACCAGUAAUACUACAAAUACACACACAAUACACACUGGUACUACAUUAACACCGAUACUAGUACGCACAAUACACACACAAUACACACUGGUACUACACUAACACUGAUACUAGUACACUAAUACUCCAGAAAGACACACUAACCCAACACCUUCACAGCUCUGUGGUAAAUCUGGUUAAUAAACUUUUCAUGAUGACGAUGAUGCUGAUGAUGCUGAUGAUGAUGCUGAUGAUGAUGAAUGAAAGGGGGCGGAGCCAGGCCCCAGUGUGUGUGUGGGGGAUUAAAUCCAACAUGUGUGUGAUGGAGACGAUCUGCAGCUGUCCUCAUGUACGGUCUUUGCGGCUGCUGCUGGGCGUUGAGGCCUCGCUACAAGAGGCUGGUCGACAACAUUUUCCCAGAAGACCCCGAGGAUGGGCUGGUGAAAGCCAACAUGGAGAAGCUGACGUUCUUCGCUCUGUCGGCUCCGGAGAAACUCGACCGAAUUGCUGCUUAUCUGUUGGAGCGUCUGACCAGAGAUUUGAACCGCCACCGCUAUGGGUAUGUUUGCAUUGCGAUGGAGGCGUUGGAGCAGCUGCUGUUGGCUUGUCACUGCCAGAGCAUCAACCUGCUGGUGGAGAGUUUCCUCAGUACGCUGCGACUGCUGCUGGAGGCUGACAAACCACACCUCCACAUCCUCGCAACCAACUCUUUUGUGAAGUUUGCAAACAUCGAGGAGGACACGCCAUCGUAUCAUCGCAGCUACGACUUCUUCGUGUCUCGCUUCAGUGAGAUGUGUCACUCCGAACAUGAUGAUCCCGGCACCCAGAACAAGAUCCGUGUGUCAGGAAUCCGUGGACUGCAGGGCGUCGUCAGGAAGACGGUGGAUAACGAGCUGCAGGUUAAUAUCUGGGAACCUCGUCACAUGGAGCAGAUUGUCCCCGCCCUGCUGGUCAACCUGGAGCAACACACCCCAAACGACAGCGGGUCUCCAGCAGAGCAGACGGAGGUUUGUUUCAGGGAGCUGCUGGGCCGAGCUGCUUAUGGACACAUUAACAAUGCUAUCAGACCAGUGCUCAUGCACCUCGACAGUCACAGUCUUUGGGAAGGACGAGGAUUUGCUGUCCGUUGUUUUCAGAUCAUCAUGUACUCGAUUCAGUCGCAGCACUCUCACCUGGUCAUCCAGCAGCUUUUGGGUCACCUGGACGCUAACAGCAGGAGUCCGGCUUCGGUCCGGGCCGGAAUCGUGGAGGUUCUGUCAGAGGCCGCCGUUAUAGAAGCUACCGGAUCUGUAGGUCCCACAGUGCUGGAAGUUUUCAACACGUUGCUACGACAGCUGCGGCAGAGCGUUGACUACCAGCUGACCGGUUACUAUGACAAUGCUGGGAAGCACAAAACCACCUCUAGCAAAGAGGAAACGCUGCAGGACGCCGUCAUCAGAACCAUCGGAUCCUUCGCCAACACACUUCCUGUCUACCAGCGGUCCGAGGUCAUGCUCUUCAUCAUGGGGAAGAUCCCCGUCCCCGGUAUCUACCCCGCCCUGGGGUCACCCAACGCUGGCUUCGAGGGCAGCAGGAUGAUCCAGGUUAUGCUGCUCAAGUCCCUCCUCCAGGUUUCGGAGCGCUAUGAAAGCAGCAACCUACUAACGGCGCUGCCCUCGUCCUUCCUGGAGCCUCUGCUGUCCUUCACGCUGAUGGAGGAUCCAGAGAUCCGGCUGCUGGUUCUGUCCAUCCUCACAUCGCUCAUCGACCGGCGCCACAACGCUGCCAGGCUCAGUGGCGCCACCGCCAGCGCUGCGUUCGAUGUCUCGUCAUUGGAGCUGAAGGAGGACAGAAGCUCUCGACAAGACAUCCUGUUCGUGAGGAAGCACGCUCAGCGCCUCUACAGACACGUGUUCUUGGCGUGUAAGGAGGAGAGCAGCAGUCACAGCCACUACCAGCAGCUCUUCAUCCUAUUGGCUGUCCUGAGCGUGGAGCUGGCCAAUGAGGAGGUGAUGGUGGACCUGAUCCGGCUGGUUCUGGCUCUGCAGGAACUGGCCUCGUCCAAUCAGGAGCCUCUGACGCCGUUGAACCGAUGUGGCGUUCACGCCGUCUGUGCCGCCGCCCUCGGUGUGAUGUCACAGCUCGGACCGCCGUCGCCGGUGCAGCAGCACGUCGCUCAGGUUAUAGAGAGACGACGCAAAGACGCUCCACACCUGCUGCCUGAAAACAUCUUCUGUGACUCACACAGUCUGCCGGACGGCGAGCUGAAGGUGGACCAAGAGUUUCUGUUCGUCCAGUGGAAGAUCUGCGAGGGUCUGACGGCGAGCAGCUACAGCUCUCAGUGCGAACGCUUCAACACGCCCUACACACCUCAGCUGACAGAUGAAGAUCGUCUGGCGAAGAGGAAGAGUGUCGGAGACGUCGUCUCUCUGCAGAUGGAGAUGGACCCUCAGAGUCCUGAGACGCCUCAGAAGCCUCAGACAGAGCAGAUCACCUUUGAGACGCUGAAGAACGCCAUCGAGGACCGAGGCUUUGUGGAGGAGGAGGAGAGGAGGAAGAGGCUGGAGGUGGUGGAAAGGUUUCAGACGGCGCCGUUCGAGGAGAUCGCUGCUCACUGUGGAUCCAGGGCGUCGCUGCUUCAGUCCAAACUGGAUCAGGUGUUCGAUCUGAUCAUCCGUCCUCCUCCGUCUCCGUCCGGACAGUCGCCGCCUCGAUCGACGCCGCUCUACGAGAUGAAGUUUCCCGACCUCUGUGUCUACUAGACGUCAGGAGAACAACGCUGAAGACCAAAAGGACACAUGAAUGAUUGAAGUAGUGAUGAAACUGUGAAUAAAUGGUGCAAUUAACAGUUGGAACUGUCAGCCAACACCAUGGAUAAACCGCUGAACUGUUAGCUCAAGAUGCGGAUAAAAAGUUGGUAAGGGUUAGCAUAAAGUAUUGCUUACAGUUUUAAUUAUUAGCUAAUAGUAGGGCUAAGAGUUGAAUGUGUUAGUCAGUACGAUGGACGAUGCCUAAUUGAAUGGAUAAAUAGCUGCAGGUGUUAGCUAAAAGUGUGGAUAAACACUUGGAACAGUUGAAAUGUUAGCUAAUAUUAUGGAACAACAGCUGAAAGUGUGCAUAAACAAUUGAAAAUGAUUUGCUAAAAGAAUGGAAAGAAACUGUUUGCCAAAAGUAUAGUAAACUAAUUUUAGCCAAAAUUUUAGUUAACAUUUCAACAGUUAGCUAAUGUUAUCACUAACACUUGUAAUUGUUAGCUGAAGGUACUUUUAACAGUUAAAAUGAUAUGCUAAUAGCAUAGCUUACAGUUGAAAUUUUUAAUACUAAGAACAAUAGCUAAUUGUAUGGCUUAAUAGCUGCAGGUGUUAGCUAAAAGUGUGGACACAUUUGGAACAUAUUAGCUGACAGUGUGGCUAACAGUUGAAAAUGUUUGCUAAAUGUAUGGCUGGCUGUGGAAAUUGUUGGCUAAUACCAAACAUGAACACUUGUAACUUUUAGCUAAAGGUACGAUUAACAGUUACAAUUCUUCACUAAUAGCAUAGCUUGCAGUUGACAUUGUUAGCUAAUAGCAUGGCUAUCAGUUGAAAUAUUAACUAAUAGCAUGGCUAUCAGUUGAAAUGUUAGCUAUUAGCAUGGCUAUUAGUUGACAUUGUUAGCAAAUAGCAUAGCUUACAGCUGACACUGUUAACUAAUAGCAGAGCUUACAGUUGAAAUGUUAGCUAAUAGCAUAGCUUACCGUUGACAUUGUUAGCUAGUAGCAUAGCUGACAGUUGAAAUGUUAGCUAGUAGCAUUGCUAUCAGUUGAUAUUAUUAGCUAAUAGCAUAGCAUACAGUUGAAAUGUUAGCUAACUGUAGUGUUCGCUGUUGGCAGGAGAUCAGGUUUAGGAGAGGAAAAGCAGGGAAGAAGGAGAUCAGCACUUUGUGGUCACAUUUAGUGAUAAUUUAUGACAUAAAUCAUGUUUUUUUCCCCCUCAUUUUAGGUGUUAAAAUGUUUUCCUGUGGCUGUUUUUUUCUGAUUAGACAGAUUUUAUUUUUAGUUUAAAUGAGACAUUGGUUGAUUUCCCAAACUGUUCCUGAGCUGCCCUGAUUGGUUAAAACGCUCCAUAAGUGAAAUCCUGAAGUAAAUCUGUACACAAAUGAUAUUUAUUUUAAAAAUACUGCACCAAUAAAUUAUGAAACUUCA